AUGGCCACACAAGCCCUCGCAAACUGGAGUUCAUCCCUCGAAUACAAUGCCCUCUCCGCAGAAAUAAUCCACGUCGCCGUGCGCAGCUUCUACAACUGGACCGGCUGCGUCGUAGGCGGUAGCGCUCACCCCGCAAUAACGAUCGCGCGCAGCGCACUUGCAAGAUUCUCAGGACCGCCAACAUCCAGACUGCUGGGGUCAGAGGGUAGCAUCGACGCAGAUGCCAUUCACGCGGCGCUAUUCAACGGGAUCGCCUCCCACGUGCACGACUACGACGACACGCACCUCGACACCAUCAUCCACCCGACCGACGGGGCCCAUCGCCUCAGCGCUCCUGGUCAUGGCCGAUGUAAGGUGGGCCGGGCGGUUUGGCCGGAGCAUUAUGAUGUGGGGUGGCACAUCACUAGCACAACAGGCUCAAUCGGCGCAGCCGUAGCCGUCUCCAAACUGCUCGGCUCAUCCGCCCCCCAAACAGCACACUCCAUCGGACUCGCCGCGACGCAGGUAACCGGACUGCGAGAGAUGUUCGGCUCGCACACAAAAUCCUUCCACCCAGGCCGCGCCGCGCAGAACGGGCUCCUAGCCGCAAUUCUAAGCGGCGAGGGCUACACCAGCUCGGCGCAGGUACUGGAAGCCAAGCGCGGGUGGGCGAACGUGGUGAGCUCGGCACAGCGGCUGGAUGCCGAGGUAGCGAGUCUGGCGCCGGCGGGGCGGUGGGAGAUCGCGCAGAAUGCGUUCAAGCCGUUUCCGUGUGGGAUUGUCGUGCACCCGGUCAUCGACGGGUGCGUGUGGUUGCAUGGGGAGCUGCGGCGACAGGGGUUGUUGUUGUCGGAGGGGGAGUACGAGAUCCAGGAGGUCCGCGUGACGGUGCAUCCACUGGUGCUGGAGUUGACGGGGAAGACGGCACCGAGGAAUGGGUUGGAGGCGAAGUUUAGUGUAUAUCAUGGUGGCGCUGUUGGGUUGUUACUCGGGAGGGCUGCGCCGGCGCAGUAUGAGGAUGCGGUAGUGGUGGAUGAGCGGGUGGUACGGCUGAGAGAGCGGAUUCAUGCUACAGCAGGCGAGAACUUACGGCCGGAGGAGUGCCAUCUUGCUGUUUCUGUGCAGCGCUCCGAUGGAUCUACCACUGUUAUCGAGAAGCAUGUGGAUCAUGCUAUGGGCAGCGUGGAACGACCGAUGGCGGAUGUUCAGUUGACAGACAAAUUUGUCGACCAGUGUAUCCCGGUUCUGGGCUAG